AAAUGCAAGGCUCGCGUUCAUAGUCGUCAGUGGGACAUCGUGCAUUAUUUGAGUGUGGUGAUUGGUAUUCUGGUUUUGCGUCCAUUCUUACCUAACCUGUGAAUUUUUUUGACGAUUCGUGAUAUCAAUCUUUUUGUGAAAAAGAUGGCUAUUAACUGGGGAAGUAUCGAUAGCAAUGUUGUCAACGAAAUCAGGUCCGAAUACGAAAAAUACGGCCGCUUCGGGGAUGACGCCUUCCAUGGUGACAAUAUUACAUUGAAGAAUCUGGAUAAAUGGCUGUCGGAAGCCGGGGUUUUGGGUGAUCGACUGUCGGCUACCGAUACGGGGAUUGCGUUUAAACGCAUACUCAGUAACGAACAAAGAACGAUGCCAUUCGAUAAGUUUAAGGACUUCAUUUCCGACCUGGCACACAGCGCUAACCCAUCGAAUCCCGACGCAGCCUUCAAAGACAUGGUUGCCAAGUUGCACCAGCGUCGCACGCCCAGCAAAAACAGUGUCACGGAGCCGGUGAAAUCGGAUGUGGUGGAUCGGUUGACGGAUCCGGCCGGUUACACCGGCACGCAGCGCUUUAGUGCGGACGGGAAAGCGGUGGAUGGCCGGCACAAUUUACCUGAUCUGGAACAAGUGCGCAACGAUGGAUACGUGGCCGGCUAUAAGAAUGCAGAAACCUACGAUCGUGACCACAGUGUCAAUGUACCGAAGUAUGAUGCCGAAGAGGAACGUAAGCGACAGGACGCCGCUCAUCGCUCCAAUACAUCCAGCGAUACGACCCGCAACCGGGACCAGUCGGCUGCGGCAACCAAACCCGCAAAUUUGACGGAUGACUACCGGCUGCACAACCAGUCACCGCGUACCAAUCCGCAGGACACUGCCACACCGAAAUAUGAUAACGACUUGAUUAUCAGCAACACCACGGAUGCGGCGCGCACAACCAAUACCCCGGAUACGGCACACGCCGCGGCGGCGGCCACUGCAGCCCGGCAUGACUACGGACAACCACCGGAGACCAACAGCAGUAUCCUGCGGCGGGUGGCCAAUGAAACGCAUUAUACCGGUGCUGACGGGAGCGGUUUUCGUCCCGAGGAUGGUCAUCGUAAUAAUGCGGAUACCGCCAAGACGGCGGCAAAUAUGGGGCGAGAACAGCGUGAGUAUGAUACCAACCGGGAUGUAAAGGGAACCACACUGCGUACAGACAUUGAUCGUCACAAUGACCGGGAAGUGCGAAGCCCGGUGACACCAGCCGGACUGAAUACCACUACGAAUCUGACGUCCAACCGAGCUGCUAAUGUGACUGAUGCCGCUCGGGCCGAGCAAACGCGAACCAAAGAUUACGCCACUAGUCCAGUUCGCAACGAGACGGUGACCGCGGAGCAUCACACGAACGCUCAGCGUGUUCCAUCUGCCGAUCGUCUGGCGGAUCGUAACGCUCCCGCAUCCUAUCAUCGUGACAAUAUUUCGGGUCAACCAGCCGAUUUGUCCAACAAAGACCGGGCGCGGGAACCGGCAUACAAUAAAAACGCCGAUGCUCAACAUACGCAUGCCAGGACCGAUUAUGGCCGAACGCACACCGAACGGGACGAACGCCAUGUGGAACGGCCAAACAUUGCGAAUGUCCGUACCGAUAGCAAUCAGCACCGCAUCGAAGCGGACGCACGGGAUAAGACCGGUUAUGAUCGAACAGCGGAAGCGGCUAAAGGUCAUACCGAGGUAGAAACACGAACGCUGCCGGCCACUAAUCUGGAGCAUCGAAGCGAGGGUCGGGCAACAUCACCCGGUGGGCGGGAGGCCUACUCGGAUGUACGCGCCAAUUACCGCGAAGGUCAACCGACUUACAAUGAGAAACAUGCUGUAGAUGCUCACGCACGUUCAGCUGAACAUGCCCGGGUAGUUGAUGACGCCAGCAAGGUUGCCGGAAGUCGCAGUGCGGAUCAACAUGCUCGCACUGAGAAUGUGCCAAAUCCCACUUCACAGAACGCCACGCGCACCGAGACCAAUGUUGACAGCUACAAGGAUAGCGGAAAAAAUUAUAAUACCGAAGCGGGAACACAUCAAGAAACUACGACCACCACUGCAUCAAAUAAUUAUGUGUCUGGAGACAAAGAGAAAGCAUAAUGAGAUUAUGAUUCUAUAAUAUUCACGCAGUAAACCCCGAUUUAAUAUUCUGAUAAUUAACGCAGCAUUGCGUGACCCGCAACUGGCACACUCUUGUUUGUUGUAUUUUGCCUGCAAUUUUGUGGAGCACCGUAAUGACCUAAACAUUUGUUAGUAUUUAUGAUACUGCAAAAUUAUGCGAAUCAACUUUUGCCUGCUUAAAAAAUCAUGUUUUUUUUUCAUACUUUAUAGAAGUUAUCAUUUAAAAAUUUUGUGUAUAAUCAGAUCAAAGCGCAAAGAAUGUGAGGUACGGUAGAAGUGCAGUACUGGA